CAAUGUGAAAGUUUCAUUAUUUUUCUUUGCUUUGCCUUUCUUUUUCCCCUUCUUAUACGUUUGGUUCCACGUAGUGUUUCUUUUUGACAAGUUUCACCAAUAAACUAAAGACUAGUAGUAAUACAGCUAGAUAAAGUUGCUGUAUAAUUCAGUAACCUUUAGCUUGUUUUCCUCUUCUUGCAAUAUGGAUUUUGCUUAUCCUUUUGUUUGGUUUCUUUUAUCUCUUCUUCUUAUAUUAGUUCAGGCAAAGGGUAGAAAUGAUUCAAUAUGUCCAAAGUCAUUUUCAUGUGGAAAUCUUACUGACCUGAGCUUUCCUUUCUGUCUUAACACACAACCUGACUGUGGAAUAAUGCCCAUGUCUGGUUGUGAUACUAAAAACUAUCCAGCAAUCCAACUGCUUCCUGGAGGAGAUGAGUACUGCGCGUUUGCCAAGCCGUAUAAUUAUACGAUUGGGAUCGUGGAUCCGAAACUUGUUGACAUGUUGAAGAUAGACAAGUGCCAGAUUUUCGACCAAAGUUUCUCCCUUCCUGACUCUCCUUCCAUUUCCUUCAAAAUCUUGAAUAUUCAAAACUUCUUCAAAUGCAACAUUACGACUAGUAACACCCCGAACAUUGCUCAGAAGAACAACCGCUUUGCUGGUUAUAAAAUGUACGAUGACUGUAAAGGCUUUAGCAUAUACUACAAGCAUCAGCUAUAUGUGGAUGAACACAUUCUAGCAUGCGAUCUUCCUGCCAACUGUUCACUUAUCAGAUUGCCCUAUUACCCAGGAGUAUACGAAGAUAAUUUGGUCAACAUGUUAGGUCCUGAAUUUCUAGUAGAAUGGAAACUGUCUGAUGACUGUAACAAAUGUCUCUAUGAUGGAGGUCAAUGCCAGACUGAUAGAACAAAGAAAUUUCAUUGUUACAAAGCGACUAGAAGCAAUAUGGGACUGACUCUUGAAGCAGCUUUUGGUGGCGUAGGAUUGGUGAUGAUAACUUGUUCAGUUUUCUACAUUACUUGGUGUUACAAGAAGAGGAGAUAUAGUCCAUCUCGCUUCCUCUCAACAAAGAGAUUCUCAAAUAUAUUUAAACAUGACGUCGAGGGAGGCAACAUAUAUUUUGGUGUCCCGGUCUUCUCUUAUUCAGAACUUGAAGAAGCCACGAAUGAUUUCAGUUCAUCUAGAGUACUUGGAGAUGGAGGUUUUGGAACUGUUUACUAUGGAAAACUUAAGGAUGGAAGAGAGGUUGCUGUAAAGCGCCUUUACGAGCACAACUGCAAAAGAAUGCAGCAGUUUGUAAAUGAAAUUGCGAUCCUUACUAGGCUAAGGCACAACAAUCUUGUCACCCUCUAUGGCUGCACUUCAUGGCGAAGCCGUGAACUACUCCUCGUUUAUGAAUGCAUUCCUAAUGGAACUCUUGCUGAUCACCUCCAUGGCGACAAAGAUAAGGACAGAUCACUUGCCUGGCCAAUCCGCAUGAACAUUGCCAUAGAAACUGCUGGUGCAUUGGCUUACCUGCAUGCUUCUGACAUAAUACACUGUGAUGUCAAGACUAACAACAUACUCCUUGAUCACAACUUCAGUGUUAAAGUUGCAGAUUUUGGGAUUUCAAGGCUCUUCCCAAAUGAUAUCUCUCAUAUUUCGACUGCACCUCGGGGGACCCCUGGCUAUAUCGAUCCAAAGUAUCACGAAUGCUACCAGCUGACCAGUAAAAGUGACGUCUAUAGCUUCGGGGUGGUCCUUGUCGAGCUCAUUUCAUCAAUGCCAGCUGUGGAUAUGAAUAGGCAUAUCCAAGAGAUUAAUUUGGCUAACUUCGCAAUAAACAAGAUCAUAAAUUGUGCAUUUCACGAGUUGAUCGAUCCAUCUCUGGGGUUCGAUUCAGAUACCAAGAUUUGGGAAAUGACUACUUCAGUGGCGGAGCUGGCUUUUCUAUGCUUGCAGACAGAUAGGGAUACGAGGCCUUCUAUGGUUCAAGUUUUGGAUACUCUAAAGGAGAUUCAGACUAAUAAAUUUCACAAUGAGAAGAACGCGACGUCUAACCUCAACGGCAAUGAAGCUAAGAUAGUCACAACACCUCCUUUCCCUGAAACCAAAGAUAAGUUAUUGCUGACACAAGUCAAAUCACUACCUUCACCAAAUUCUGUCACUGAUAAAUGGAUUAUUUGCUCUAGUACCACGAGUACAAAGUAGUCAAAAGUUCUAUAUCCUCUUGCUUUGUUAUUGAUGUAGAUAUUUAGAGACUUAAAAUGUACUACCGUGAAAGUUUCUUGAGCUAUGUAUCUACGAGUGGAAGUGAUUCAAUUUUUGAUUUCAUUAUAUAAGACGCGAACAACUCUGUGUUCA